AUGCUUUGUCACGACAUCGACGAGGAGACCCUGCACCUGGUCAUCCAGAUGCAGCUCGAAGAUCUAGAACAUAUGAAGAAUUGCAGAAAGGGCAAGCAGAAAGAAGGUAGUCUUCCUGACUCGGAAUUCGCCUUCGAAACCUACCAGUCUGAACUCAAGACAUGUGAGCAACGAGUAUCGGACAGGGCCAUGAGCCGGAGCAUUCAAAAGGCCACCCGUACAGAUGGUAAACUUGUGACAGUAUUCGCUGCACAGGAGAGGCAAGCUGAGCGCGACAGAGAGAUGGCACUCCGCCUUAGCCGCGGCGAGACAGUCAACCAGAACUCCUUUCAGACUUCUGCUAAUUCAAAGACCACUUCCCCAGACGAAGAUGUGUCCGACUUAGACGCCGACAUGCUUUGCAAGCUUCAGAAGCUCUACGUUUCUGGAGACGCCGACGACGACGAGACUCUAGACCAGCCAGAGUCCUCCUCCUGGGCAGCUUCGCGAAGCGACAUGGAUGGCACCGCGAGGCCCGUCAAGCGACGUGUCCGCGAUGUGUUUAUAAAACAUGCGCCAUAUGCAAAGGCGCAGACCACCAGGGUGAAGACUGUAGCCAAGACACCGCUACGCAGUUUCUGCUACAACUCGCCGCCGAGAACGGAUGGCAGCGAUGCUUCUCUUGCCGACGCGUUGUGGAGCUCGAGCAUGGUUGCAAUCAUAUGA